AUGGUGAAGCUCGCGUCGACUAGGGAGAGCCGCGCCUACGGGCCCGGCCGCCGCACCCGCAACCGGUGGGAGUACCUCAACGCCGGCUUCUACCUCCUCGCUGCUCUCUUCCUCGUCUGUGGUUUGUCAGUCCUGCUCUCUCCUUUCCCCUACAGUGCCAACUACGGCCUCCCCCUUACCCUCCUCGGUCUCGCCUUCCUCCUCCCCGUCAACGCCCACGACCUCGUCGCCCACCUCGCCGGCUUCGACUACUGCUUCCCGCUGUUCGAGUUCGACCUGCAGCUGGCACUCGUGGAGUUCUCUGUUCCCGUGAUCAACAUCGUCGGCACUAUCUUAGCCUUUGUCGGCGUCUUGCUCCUCUCGCUCCAGACGGAGAAUGGAUACAAUGAGUUGCUUCAAAAACAUGCUCUGAACACUUUGAUCGCCGGCCCACUCUUUUGGCUCAUCGGCUCCAUCCACAACAUAUGCCAGAUCUACGAGCGAGCAAAUGGGCAUGUUCAGAUCCUGCAGAAGUGCGUCCAGCUUCCUCUGCUCACGGGAAGCUUGCUUUUCUUGGUCGCUGGAAUUCUCAGCAAAUGCCAUGUCGAAACUCACAGCUGCCUCUGUUUUUCAACGCAGGAGAGAAAUUGGGGUUGGCUGGGUCUGUGCGGGAGUGUUCUGUUCAUGGUUGGUGGGUUGAUGAAUGUGAUUAAGGUGUUCAAGAUGCAGCAAAUGGACGGGCUGAGGCUUGAGAAGCUUCGAGGCUCUGCAUAUGAGAGGUUAAGUAAAGGCAGAGAGGAUCGGCUUACAUUGAUACUUGGAAACGGUAGGAUGAAGAAGCAAUUUGAGGAAGUUGGUCUUCUUCAGGAGAAAACUGGAGCACGAGAGCGAUCGAGCGAGGGAAGUCAGCAGGACCUCUUAAAUACACACAUUUCAUUUCAAGGGAAUAAUAUGAAAUCUAUUGUCCUUUUUUUCUGA